AUGCCUGACAAUGCCACUCACCAGAAGUUCGCCACCUCCUCCAAUCAUCGCCGCCCUCGACGCCGGCCAGCCCAUUUGCGAACCAAGACGGGCUGUUUGACGUUGCCUCAAUUGUGCAAAGCAGAAAUUACCCUGCGUCUGGCCAUUCUCUACGGGUACAACUGGGCAAUCGCAACAUCAGGAUCAACCUCAACCGAUUUCUCCGUCCAGGCAAAUCGCUAUUUCUCGAUGGAGAUGGAGCAACUCUUCGUUCCCUUCUUCCGUGCCCCAUUUGCCCUGGACCUAUUCACCUGCAAUCACCCCCGACAGCGGCCCCUUCUCAUCCGCCCCGCCACCGAUGGUACGGUGACCCAUGGCCUGAAUCGAGAAACUAUGAUACUCGCCCUAGGUCAUCCCUUCUGUAUGCAUGCCCUCCUCGCAUGUUGUGGCGCGGAGAUGCCCACUAGUGCGGAUAGCUUCCGUCAGCUCGCUCGUUUCCACUACACCAGUGCAGUGGCGGGUUUACGCGACAUACUCAAUGAUGCCCAUCUGGUACGCCGGUGGGUCGUCGCCAUGCUAACUAUCAUGAUGCUGUGUAUCUACGAGCGUGCGAAACCGAAAGGUUCACCAGGGGUCGAAGUUCAUCUAAUAGGAGCAGCGAAGCUAAUCGCAUUCUAUUCUGUUGAUUCCAAUUCGGGGGCCAAUCCCAACCGCGAUUACGACAACGAUAGCGACGAAGAUGGCGACUCACCUUCCAAACAAGAAGGCGCAAUGCAUCGCCUUGUCCGAGAAUCCUUCAUCUUUCAUGUUGCGACGAGUUUACCCUUUCAGGAGAGCGAUGCCCAACCCGCGGAGAUCGAGACCGCUUUGUCGUUGGCGGAGCAGGCCAUCAGCCAGCAUUUUCGCCCCAACACCCUGUCCCAUUCCGAUUCCCCCGUUCUUGGAUUCCCGCCACAGCUCUUCCGAUGCAUAUAUAAAGUGUAUGGUCUUUACCGCUCCUCGGCCAGUCAGGGAGUUAGCAUGGAAACACGCGGGGAGCUCGAUCGAGAUUUAUGGCAGUGGGAUCAACGUAUCAAGACGUACGCCCGAGGGCUAGUCGAAGAGAACGCAUCCACAAAGAUGAAUCGGGAUAGAGAUGGUCUCCAAACGACUGCAGCACCUCUUCCGCCGGCAGAAAAGUUGAAUGGCCCCUGUCUGGGUCCGAUGCUGUAUAUCCUUGGAUCUCGGCUGUUACUCCGACAUAUGCGAGGGCUGGAGCAGGUCCAAUUAACCCCGACGAUCGACCAAUUACUUCCAGAAGGCAUGGAUAUGGUGCGUCAGCUACAGCCUGAUGAGGACUACUACGCCGACUACUACUGCUGGCCCCUUCUCGCAAUUGGAAUGCAUUUGAAAUCCGCGCCCGACCGGGAGUUGUUGCUUCGCCAAGUGUGGGCAUUCUGGACCGCGACCAACAAUGGAACAAUGCGGCGACUCGCCGACAUGCUGGACUUUUUGUGGCGAUGA